UGCUAUAUAAGAUGAUUGUGAAACUUGUUAAGUUAGUCAUUCUCUUGCCAACCGCCAAACGAUUACUUGUGAAUUUAAAAAAAAGUGUUUAACAAAUAAAUAAAAAGUAAUAUUAUUUUAUUAAUAAUUAUUUUUUUUUUUUAAUUAAAAAAAUAAUUCUCAAACAAGAGAAUUGCGUAAAAGAAUUUUUUUAACACAAUGAUGGAUAUCAAGGUCGCAUUUUGUGUUGUGUUGAUCAUUGUAAGCAUGGCCAACAACUCUCAGGGUCAUGGAAUGAAGAAGAGAUCUCCAUCGGAUAAUGACUUUAAAUAUGCUUUUUCAUCAUCAGAAGCACGCCUAGAUAAAAACAAAAAAAAAAAACAAUUAAAAAUGCUUAACGUUAGAGAAAACAAAAAAAAAACUUGCUUUUGUCAAAAAGGUGAGCUGUCGUUGAUGGAUCUAGUGGUCAAUGGAGAUAAUGAAAGACGUUUAUGGAAACGUCAAGUGCCUCGCGAUCAUAAAAAACCAACAAAAUCAAAUGAAGCUGUAGCUGAUAAUGACACGACUAAUUUGGAAUCAACAAAUACUAACACCGAGCCUGACUCAUCGUCUGACCCUGACACAGGUCCUCCCGUAAUGCCUCCAACCACACCUAAAACGCAAAUUAAAAAUCCAACUAAAAUAACUCCCAGCACUAAAGCAACACCCAAUAUUAAAAAUUCCCAAAAUAAAAGAUCAAAUAUUAAUAGAAAAACACCAUUAAAUAAUCCUAAUUUACAUGAUAAUCCUAAUGAACCAGAAUCAACGACAAAACGACUUCUUAAUAUUAGAAUAUUACCACAAGAUUCAGACAUACCAAAUAAAAAGACAAAUAGACGUAACAGAACAACUCCAAGACCAGUUGAAGUGACAGAAGAGCCAGAAGAGACAGAUGAACAAGAAGAGCCUGAUGAACAAGAAGAGCCAGAAGAAAAAGAAGAACCUGAAGAAAAAGAAGAACCAGAAGAAAAAGAGGAACCUGAGGAUACAGAAGAACCAGAAGAAUCAGUUGAUAAAGAAACUCCAGAAGAAGAUGAAACUGAAUCUGAAGAUGAUAAUCAACAAGAUCCGAAUGAUUAUGAUGAAGAUGAUGGAAAUGAAAAUGAUGAUGCUGCUAAAGAGCCUUCUACACCAGCUCCAAAACCUAUAAAUUCCAACGACAAUAAGCCAACAAACUCGGGGAGGCGUUCAUCAACAAAACCACCACCACCACGAUUUCCAGGACCAACGAGGCCUUCUUCUGGUAGUUUUGAUAGAACUCGAAGACCUUCUCCAACGCGAUCCAGUAGGACAACCACGUCUCCAUUAAUUAAAGACUCUGAAUAUCCAAAUGAACCAACUGACGAGUCAAUGGAUCCUGAUGAAGAACCAAAACCAAGUAGUACUUCUGCUCCAAGACAAAGACAAAGACCUGUUAUUAAAAAAAAACCAAAACAAUCAACAACAACAGCUCGACCAACUCAGUCUCCUUCUCCUUCUACAAUACCAGAAGACAGUUUUAACGAAUCCGAUGACAUUUAUCCAAUUUCUGCUGAAAAUAAUCCAAAUUCCAGUAUUAAUGAUCCAAAUUCCAGUGACAAUGAUGAUUCAGUCACAACAGCAAGACCAAAAACUCGUCCUAGUACUAAAAAUUCUCCUAGAAAUCGUCCUUCACGCCCUCGUCCAAAACAAAAAUUAACUAAAAAUAAAACAACCACUACAACAACAACAACAACACAAACACCUUUAGAUUAUGACGAAGCGCCAGAAUUAGAAUCUAAUAUUAAUACACAAUUAGCACCUAGAUUCGGAGGUGAUAUACCUGAUAAAAAUAGUCCUAAUUUAAAUUCACCCGCGUCAAAAUUACCAUCAGCACAAUUAGAUAAUCCAAAUUAUCCAAAUUCACAAUCAUCUCCAGGAAAUCCAGCAAAUGCCUUCAGUUCAGCCUCCAGUUUUGGAAAUGCAAAUGCAUUUGCCGGUGCAUCAGCAAGUGCAUCAGCAUCUUCAACUGGAAAUGCAAACUCAUUCACCAGCGCUAGCACAGGAGCAAACCCUGAAUUUUCAAAUUCAUGGCCAGAUAAUAAUAAAAAUUACAUGAAUCCUCCAUUAAAUUAUCCUAAUAAUGCAAUUAAUUCACCAUCAACAUCUUGGAUGAUACCACCAUCAACAAAUCCAACUAAUUUUAAUCCUUCAUUAAAUUCAAAACCAUCAAAUGAUAUUCAAUCAUCACCUGAUAGAAUUAUUCCAGGUCGAUAUACACCAGUUGUUAGUAUAUCUGGUACAUUUGAUGACAAUGAUAAAAAUACAAAUUAUCCAAUAAAUUCAGUAAACUGUAAUACAAAUAAUUGUAAUAAAAAUUUUAAUCCAACUAAUACCAAUCCAAUAUACUCACAAAAUUAUCCCAUGACAAAUAAUAAUAAUAAUUAUCAACCACAACAAUAUCCAAAUCAAAUGGGUUACAAUCAAAAUACAUAUUCAAAACCCAAUUAUGGCAAUACACAAUAUGGUAAUCCAAGUAAUAGUGGGGGCUAUGCUAGUGCUGGGAGUUUUGCGAAUGGCGGGGUUGGUGGUUAUCCAUCAUCAGUCAACAAUCCAAUGUAUCCUGGGAAUAAUGAAAUCGUUGUGAACUCUAGAUUCGGUCCAGGUCAAGACCUUGACUUUGGAUUUCCGAAUCAUGGAGCUGAUCAUUUUAAGUGGGUACAAGAGCAGAAUCAAUUGAUUCAGGCUAAAAUACAAGCUCAGAUUGAACAUUUUCGUCAAUUAAGCAAUCAACAAUCCCAGAAUAUGGGUUCAUUUGCAACAGCAUCAGCAUCUAUGAAUGAUCAUGGUGGUCAUUCAAAUCCAAAUAAAAUAUAUUCAAGAACCCGAGUUGUUAGUCCUUUUUCAAAUUGGGGAAUGCAGCAACCUGUUAAUCAUGCUGAUGAUUUUCCUGGUGUUGUUAACAUUCCACAAUUUAAUUCAUAUCCAGUUCAUCCAAUGAACUAUCCUGAACAUAAUAAUUUUUAUCCAGCUGAUAGCUUUGAUAAUAUGGGGCAAAAUUGGGGAAAAGGUGGUUCAAAUGAUGCCUGGGCAUGGGGAAAUGCCAAUGCUGGACCAAGUGGAGGAUCACAAGCUGGUGCAAUAGGACCAGUUGCACCUGGAAUUGAAUCAAGAUUCGCUGAAGAUGUACCAUCUCCAGGUGGUGAUGGUUCUUACAGUAGUUUUUCUAGCUCCAGUACAAGUUCCAAGGUUGGUCCAGAUGGCAAGGUCAUCACUACCAAAGAAGUCACAACUGGCGUCAACAAUAAUGGAAAAGUCUCCGUCAAAACAAUUAAAAGUUAAAGAUAUUGUUUUUGAUCAUUCUUAAAGAAAAAAAAAAAGAAAAAAAUACAUUCC